GCAUCCAGCGUCAUCAUGAGCAUGAAGACUUGUCGCACAAUAACUAUGUGAGUUUCAAGGAGGCGGCCGACAAAGGGCAAUGCAUUCUGGAUGAAAUGGUGGAAAGCAACCGAGCAGUGACGUACCACUCCUGGCAUGAUGUGGCUGCGAAGUUGGGAGACGAGAUUGACAAAGCUUGGUUGCAUUAUCAAACAGAAGCAAGACGGCUCUGA